AUGUAUAUGCUAAAAAAUUAUAUCUAUUUCAAUAAGAAUGUCUACUGCUUUGGAGGAUAUGGUGAAAAAAAUGUUGCUUUUCCUAUAUCUAUGAGAUUUGAUUUAGAUAAAAACCUAUGAUUUAAUAUAGCUCCAAUGCCAAAAGCUGAUGCGAUUUGUCAUAGUGCUAUAUUUAAUGAAAAUAUUCUAAUUUCUGGGCAUGUAAAUAAAAAUAUUUUGUUAUACUCAGUUGACUUGGAUUCUUUUUCUAUAAUUCCUUAUGAUUUUUCAGAGUGUAAAACAAAGAUCAUUAUAAAUGCAGAUAGGCUGUAUUUGAUUGAGGACAGAAAGGGUCAUAUAUAUGAGAGCGAAGUUGGAAAUGAGUAUGCUUGAAAUAAAAUAGCAAAUUCAAUUAUUGAAUAUACAGAUCAAAUGUAUGCUUCUUAUAAUAAAGGAGAAAUUUAUAUAAUUAUUUCUUCUACAAUGAGAGCUUGAAUGUUUUUAUUUAUUUUCAACAAAGGAUUUUCUAACAUAAAAAAGUUAUAA